AUGGCUGUCAGGAAAGACUGGGGAUUGAAGAACCCAGCAAGCCACACUAAGGAGGGUAAGGAAAAGUCUCCUGUCCAGGCCUCCAGCUCCUUGACGCGAGCUGGCGCAGCACAGGCAGAGAGCCAGGCACCUGCCCCACACAGCCCCGCAGCCUAUGAGGCAGCUCUGCGGGAGACAGCCCGGUGCCUCGUGAAUGGGGCCCUGGGCAAGGCUUUCACUUGGAGCCGGGGACCCAGGCAGCAGCCGGUGCCACAGCGGGACCUGGCACAAAGCAUGGAUGUGGCAACGGCAGCAAGAACACCUGCAACGCCUCGGGACACAGAGUCUCCCUUGGCUGGAGAGCCUCAGGGAGAGGCCAGCACAGCCCCUCUCAUCCCCGCGGCAUGCCAGGAUGGAGAAAACAUGGCUUCUCCCAUGUCUGGAGAUCAUCAAGGAGAGGCCAGCACAGCCAUUGUCUCCCUGGUAGUGCACAAGGAUGAAGUGGCUUCUUCAAUGCCUCAAAACCCUGCAGCAGACACUGGCACACCCCACCUUGCCCCAGCAGCGGACAAGGAAAGAGACCCAGUGGCUUCUCCCUUGGCUCGGGACCCUCAGCAACAGGUGAGCCAGGCAUGUGUGGUCAGCAGCAGGCAUCCCCAGGUGCCAGAGGUAGACGGUGCCCAAGCUGUGCGCGGCAGGGAGAUGCCUGGUGCUCUCCGUGUCAUCCCGCUGACAUCCCUUCCUCUCCUACCUGUGCUCUUGCUCUCCCCAUGCAGGCGGCCUCAGAGCACAGAGGCGAUGCGCAGCCCUCCUCUGCCUCCAGGGACAUGCCCGAGGAUGACCCAGGUACGUCCCCGAGUCGAGCACUGCCCCGGCAAGGGCAGGCCUGGCCCGGCUCUCCCAGUGAGCAGCACCCAGGCCAGGCCGGCAGUGCUGUUCACCUGGGGCCUGGCCAUGCCCUGGCCACCCCUCCCUGGGGAAAGCCCUCAGUGGCGAGUGGCAGGCGAGCUUGCCUGUCACCCGCCCAGCCCCUUGCCUACAGCUCUCCUUCCCCCACAGGCAUGGCCGCCCUCCCGCACACCCCAGCUCAAUGGCGAUGGCCCUCCUUCUUCAGAAGGGCGCUCAGGGCUCUGCGCACAGCUUUCUGCUGUACCUGCAUCACGGGACAGCAAGAGGAACAGCGCCCCGCUGCCAGCACCAUGUGGCUCUCCGAAGAUGGCAGCUGGCCCUGAGCCUGCAAGCAUCCAGAAGGAGCGGCAAGGGGAGGCACGUGAGGGAUGGGUGCAUGGACAGCGCCCCAGGCAUUCAGCUGCCCUGAGGACAUUCUGCUGCCAGCCUCCGCUCGGAAUCGUGCCCCGGACACCGCCAUGCUGCGGCGGCAGCGCUGCCUCGCACCGGUACCGUGCUGGCGCCGCAGUACCGCGCUUUGGCCACAAGGCGGCAGCAGCAGCGAGCGCCCGGCGGGCGGCACUUGCCCAGGGGCGGCAGUUCCGCCUUUCGUGUGGCGAGUGCCCGCCGACACCGCGCACGCGGGGCGGCAGCAGCGUUUCCGUAACGGGAGGCGGCAACGAGCACGGCGGCAUCGCCUCGCAGGCACUGCCGUUAUCGGCGGAUGGCAGGGUGGAGCACGGUGCGCCCCCAUGCCGCCCGCCUGUGUUUCGUUCGCCAGACCGGCAGUGA